AUGGAAGUUCGGUCUAGGAGGCUGGGACCGCACUCCCUCGCCUUCAGGGUGAUGCGACUUUGCAAACCGUCCUUCCACGUCGAUCCUCCUCUCCGUAUUGACCCAUUCGAUCUUCUCGCCGGCGAGGAUUUCUCCGACGAUCGUACGUCCGCCUCUUUGUUCCGCCGCCACGUCUCUUCCAUCGACGCCGUGGACUCCGAUCUCAGUUACCGCAACAGAUUCCUCCUUAACCACCCUACCGAUCCCAUCGGGCGAUCUAUCUCGGAGAAACGUUUUGUAGCUAUAUCAGCGUCAACAAUAGUUCCAGUUCCGAAGUUCGGGAUGUUACCAUUAAGGAUUAUCUGUAAACAAAUUCAGACAGAGAGGCAGAGAAUUCUACUUCUGGAUACAUCCAAGGCACCUGUUGAGUCGAUACGGACAGGGGGACGUUAUGACUUCAUAGUAGAACAUGAUGUAAAAGAGCUUGGAGCUCACACGUUGGUCUGCUCGGCAUUGUACAAUGAUGCUGAUGGUGAGCGUAAAUAUCUUCCUCAGUUUUUCAAGUUUGUCGUUGCAAACCCUCUCUCAGUGAGGACCAAGGUUCGAGUUGUUAAGGAGACAACAUAUUUAGAGGCUUGCAUUGAGAACCAUACAAAAGCAAACCUCUUUAUGGACCAAGUUGAUUUUGAACCUGCCAAGCAAUGGAGUGCUGUAAGAUUACAAAAUGAAGAUCACCAUUCAACAGAAGAUCCUUUGACCAGUGAUCUCAGUGGACUGAUACCUAAGCCGCCGGUUAUAAUUCGAUCUGGCGGGGGUAUCCACAACUAUCUCUAUAAGUUAAGCCCAUCUACAGAUGUUUCUGGGCAAACAAAAUUCCAGGGAAGUAAUAUCCUGGGUAAAUUUCAAAUAACAUGGCGCACAAAUUUGGGUGAACCUGGUCGCUUACAGACACAACAAAUUCUUGGUCCUCCAGUCAGCCGCAAAGAGGUUAAUAUGCGAGUUGUUGAGGUUCCAGCUGUUAUACACUUAAACAGACCCUUUCCGGCAUACUUCAGUCUCACCAGCCAAACUGAUAGGCAAUUGGGACCCUUUGAGGUCUCACUGUCACUAGAUGAUGAUUCACAAAUGGAAAACCCUGUUGGUAUUAAUGGUCUCCAGACUCUGAUGUUACCCAGGAUUGAGGCAUUUGGCUCUAAUGAUUUCCAAUUGAAUCUUAUCGCCACAAAACUCGGAAUACAGAAAAUCGCUGGGAUCACAGCCUUCGACACAAGAGAGAAGAAAACCUACGAACUUGUUCAAGAGAUGGAGAUAUUUGUAGAGUCGCACUAA